AUAUAUACAAAAGAUUCACGCAACUGCGAAUUGACGAAUUGAUUUUACGUUCACGUUGGGUAUUCAUCGGUUGCGUUGAUUGAGUGGAUUUUGGUAGUGUGUUUAUCUGUAGAUCAUUGAAAACAACUGAACUUUUGAGGGUAUCAAAUUACUAUAUUGAUGCUCGGAAAAAAUGGUGAAUCAGGCUACUGGAUCAACGCCGUCGGAUUUCUCCAACGAGGACUUUAUGACGAAUCCCUCACUGGCCAUGGAUGCUUGCUUCACUGCGUUCGACAAAGAUGGUGAUGAUCGACUUUCGCUCGCCGAGUUCACGUUGAUUUGCCGAGCGCUGUUUCGAAAUGACAAGGGUCACAUUUACGUCGUCCCGUCCGAUCGGCUCGAGGAGAUGUUCGCGGUGUUUGACAAGAACGAGGAUGGCUACAUCGACCGGGAAGAGUUUCAGUUUUGUUGGAAUCAGUGGAUUAAGACGAUUGUACGUCCAAUCAGCUCGUUCCUCAUCGUGGACGUGCAAAACGAUUUCAUCAGCGGUUCCUUGAAUAUCAGCAACUGCAGCGCCCAGCAGAACGGGCUUGAGGUAAUCGACCCUAUAAACAAACUCUUGGAUACUGUGGACUUCGAUGCGGUAUUUUACUCGCUUGAUUGGCACCCGAGCGAUCAUGUUUCGUUCAUCGAUAACAUCAAACAGCGGCCGAUACAUCCAACCAGUCCGUUGAACGCCGACAACGCCCAAGUGUACGAUACAGUAAUUUUCGCUGGACCUCCGCCGAUGAAGCAGCGGUUGUGGCCGCGGCACUGCGUGCAGGACUCGUGGGGCUCGGAACUGCACAAAGAUCUGAAGGUUGUCGACCAAGGCAUCAAGGUGUACAAGGGCACCAAUCCGGAGGUGGACUCGUAUUCGGUAUUCUGGGAUAACAAGAAGCUAUCCGACACGACGCUGUGUGCCCAACUGCGAAUGAAGGGUGCUUCCGAUAUCUACGUUUGCGGUCUCGCUUACGAUGUGUGCGUUGGCGCAACUGCGAUAGACGCCCUUUCAGCCGGCUAUCGGACAAUUCUGAUUGAUGACUGCUGCCGGGGAGUCGAUCUCAACGACAUUGAAGCUACUAAACAGACGGUCGUAUCGAGCAACGGAGUGAUUGUUAAUUCCCGAGAGGUCAAAGCGAUGGUGGAAGGAAGGGACCGUCGGCCAGAACUGGGCUACAAGCUUGCCAUGGAGCUGAAGAACGCUGACUCGGAUUUGUCGAAAAAUAACGCCUGUCGACGACAGUCUCAGCCACAGCCGGACAGGCCACAGUAAAAUUAUGGCUCGUGUUUGUCUCCCCAUUCCCAAACCUGCGCUCUCUUUAUCCAUUUCAGUGCGGUAUACUGUGCUAGCCUUCAGCGUUUUUGUUCAAAUGGUUCCCGAGUAGUCUAUCCACAUUUUAAUAAUCGUCUGGUUCUUCCUAUUGGAGAGGAUAUGGUGGGAUAGAACCGAUUUUCCGGUCACUUGUUCUGUUUCCUAUACGAUGGCCAGCCGAUGCUAAUGUUUCACUCGUCCAUUUUUAAUGCUCUCUGUUUUCGCUGGAGCGUAAUUUGUGGCUUGAGAUUGAGUCCGCAAAGUUAUUUUUGUCUGUCAAAAUUAUGGGAACUCUAAACUAUGCCAAUGUGGGGAGAUAUAUUUAGUGGAGUGAAGAAUCCACACAAGGAGACCAAUGGCGGUUUACCGCGAUUGUGAUAAUUAAUCGAUUCACUCGGAUUGUUUUCUCCAGUUGAGUUCCAACGGUGGAAUGUUGUUGAUAAUUCUAUGAUAUGCCCAAAACCGUGGUUUAAUUACUUAAAUUGAUAGUGUAUUAUUCGUUAUCAUUUAGAAGGUGAAGGUACUUACUUACAAAAGAUAGUUACAGACCGUUACUGAGGAUAACAAUGUAAAUUACAUUCCGAUGAAUUCUUGUUUUGAGGUUCGUAGUUACACACUAGGGUUUAUAUUUAUUGUAGGUUAAAAGCACUUUUUCUGUUCUAUUCUGUACCUCUCUCUUUUAUCUUUGGUACACAACUAGGGCCUUAAAUAUUGGGUAGUUUUCUUUACUUAACACAUGUACAAGCUUAAAAUCAUAACGUUCCUUGUAAAACGGAUCUCAAAAACAAAACAGAGCAACAAAAUAGAAACAUAACAACGGGUUAUGGAUACUUUAGAAAAAAAAAGCGUUGUUCGGUGGGUAUUGUCUUCGCUGCCGGAGGGUAUGUAGGAAGACAAUACAUAACAAAAGUUGUUGACAUAUUUUCCCAGUGUGUAGUUCCAUGUUUUAGAACAAAAACGAUACGAUAGAGAAUAUAACCGGAAGCAGAAUUGAUAAUAUGAUGUAAGUCAAUGUGAAACCUUUGUUGAAGAUAAUUAAAUCGGGAAAGCAUACACGCAAACAAACACACGCAUAGUAGGGGUUA